CGCCAUUUAGUCGAGACCAUGCCGCCCCAGAGAUGCCAUUUCGGGUUGAAAAAGGGUCCAACCGUUGGCCACGGGUUCGGAAAGGCAAGUGUUACUCACACUCUGAUUGUGAUAUUACUGGAAUACUCGGCCUGGGGCCUCCUGACGAUGCCCAUGAUAGCCACGCUGAAGGAAACCUUUCCGGACGAGCCGUUCCUCAUGAACGGUCUGGUCAUGGGGAUCAAGGGUACACUCUCGUUCCUCUCGGCCCCGCUGAUCGGAGCCCUCUCGGAGAUCUGGGGACGCAAGCUGCUGCUGCUGGUGACGGUGACAUUCAGCUGCCUGCCCAUUCCGUUGAUGUUCGUCCACAACUGGUGGUUUUUCGUGAUAGCCUCGCUCAGCGGCGUCUUUGGGGUGACCUUCUCGGUGGUGUUUGCCUAUGUGACGGAUGUGACAACGCCAGAGGAGCGCUCGCGGUCGCACGGGAUGUUGUUCGCCACCUUUGCCGCCAGCCUGGUCGUAUCUCCGGCCUUGGGUAACAUACUGAUGAAUAUGUACGGAAUCAGUACGGUGGUACUCUUCGCCACGACCAUCGCAGUGGUGGAUGUGCUGUUUGUUUGGCUGGCCGUCCCCGAGAGUCUGCCCAGGAAGCUGCGCACCAGGAUCAGUUGGAGGCAACUGGAUCCCUUCGGGAGCCUGCGGACGAUGGGGUCCGACAAGAACAUCCAGAUGCUGUGCCUCAUCGUAUUUCUGUUACUGCUACCCGCAGCCGGCGAGUACUCCUGUAUGCUCGCCUACCUCAAGCUCAGGAUUGGCUUUGACUUUGUGGAGCUCUCGAUUCUGAUCGCCUUCAUUGCCAUCCUUAGCAUCGCGAUGAACCUGGCCCUGGGCUCCCUGAUACGAGCCCUCGGAGCCAAGCGAGUGAUCUUCGUGGGCUUGGGCAUGAAUAUGCUGCAGCUACUUCUGUACUCCUUCUGCACUGAGAAAUGGACUAUGUGGAUGGCGGGCCUUGUGGCCGCCCUGGGGUCCAUGAGCUUUCCCGCGUUGAGUGCCUAUGCAUGUAUCUACUACGACUCCGAGAGCCAGGGGGUGGUCCAGGGCAUGAUCAAUGGGAUGUCCAGCCUGUGCAAUAGCCUUGGACCGGGAGUGUUCGGCAUUAUCUUUUAUCUCUCCGACGUGGAUCAAGAGCCUCCUUUAGCAGCUCCCUUUAUGUUCGGGGCCAUCUGUCUGCUCAUCGCCAUCCUGGUGGCCAUCUUCAUGCCCCUCAGCCAAGAGCCGAUGGGGAACAAAGCCGAUUUCUCCGAGAUGCCGUAUGUGAUUGAAAUGGUUAACGAAGUCCCUACAUCCGUAUAGAAAUAAACGAUGAUUCGGCUUAGUUUUA